AUGGAUGAUGCACUAUGGGACAAUGACGGGGUAGUAAAAGCAGACGUUACGAGGGGUGGCAUAAUUUUGGGUCCAUCUUUUAUCCUGAAAACCCAGUUCUCUCGCAAAUACCUAUUUCCAGUCAAUAGCAUGUUGACCAUAGAGACAAUCGCCAACUUGGGGUUGAUUUACUACAUGUUCCUCCAGGGCUUAGAGGUCGAUUUCAAGCCAAUUUUGCAGGCCAGAAAAAAAGUUUGGAGCAUUGCCACUGCUGGAAUUCUAGUUCCCUUCCCUCUUGGCUAUCUCCUCCACAAAACCCUAACACCCAACUCCCACCCACUAAAGGCUACUACUUAUGGUCCUUUCUUCUGGGGCACCACCCUUGCCACCACCAACUUCUCCGAACUUGCCCAAGUACUUGCCGAUGCCAAGCUCCUCCACAGCGACGUUGGCAGGACCGCCCUCUCCGUAAGCGUCAUCAACGACCUUGUCUCUUGGGUUCUUCUUGUCAUCACAGUGGCCAUAGUCAGCGAUGGCAAACUUUACACAGUGUUGUCCACCUUCACAUUGAUCAUAUUCUGUGUAUACGGGCUUCGUCCGGUGCUGUCAUGGAUGGUUUGCAACACGAGCUUUUUCAACGAAAAGUACGACAUGGACAACCAAAUAUGCUUCAUCAUGGCCGGGGUUCUGCUGUUUGGGUUCAUUAGUGAUGCGUUCGGGUCACAUUCCAUUCUUGGGGCCUUCAUGUUGGGAGCCAUUUUGCCCAAGGGAGAGCUCAAAACUGUAAUCACCGAAAAGGUUGAGGACUUUGUGUCAAAAGUCUUGCUGCCCCUCUUCUUUUUGAUUCUUGGGAUGAGAACGCAUGUCGAUGUUGUCUUUCGCAGUGCAAGCCUUCUAAUUGUCAUGUCAAUUGUUGCCCUGGCUUUCCUUGCUAAAUUUAUUGUGACUUCCGUCGCUGCCAUCAUCAACAAAAUGCCGGUGAGGGACAGUUUGGCUUUCGGACUAGUCAUGAACGCCAAAGGCCUGUUGGCUACAAUAAUCCUCAAUUCUGGGAGGGACUUACAUGUUUUGGACCACAAUACUUUUUCAGUAAUGAUUCUUGCAAUUGUGAUAAUGACGGCAGCGGUUGGACCCAUUUUGGCUUUGAUUUACAAGUCGAAUGGGCCAUCUAAGCAGCACACACACAGAAGCAUAAGAAGCAUACAACCCAACUCAGAGUUUCGAAUCCUUAUUUGCAUCCAUUCAACAAGCAAUGUUUCAAGCAUCAUCAAUCUGUUGGAGACUUCCAAUCCCACCAAACAAUCCCCGAUGUUCGUCUUUGCGGUCCAUCUGGUGGAGCUCGGUGGCCAUGCUUCGGCCAUGCUCAUAGUCCACGACACAUGCAGCAAUAUUCGUAACACAACUGAAAUUACAGCCAAAAAUCAAAAGCACUCUUCGCCUUCUAACCAAAUUGUUGCUGCCUUUGAAAAACUUGAGACCGAAAGCGAAGAAGGCAGCUUGUCAGUGGAGGCACUAACUGUUGUGUCCUCUUACACCUCCAUGCACGAGGACAUUUGCAACCUUGCUGACGACAAGAGUGCAGACCUUAUAAUCAUUCCUUUCCACAAGCAAUCCACCAUUGAUGGGGGAAUGGACAACGGAAACUCCUCUUUUAGAGGCGUUAACAAGAACCUUCUAGAGAACGCUUCUUGUUCGGUGGCCAUCUUCGUGGAUCGUGGGCUCACUGAUCCAUCUAACAUUAAAAAUGACGAUGGCCAUGGCUGCUGCCGCUGCGCCAUGCUCUUCAUUGGUGGGCCAGACGACCGUGAGGCAUUGGCAUAUGCAUGGAGGAUGGCUAGCAAUCCUAGCCCUAAUCCUAAUAUCAGCUUAACUGUGGUUCGUUUCAUCAUCGGCAAAGAUGCGUCAGUUGAUUCAGAUCUCCGUCCCGACAAUCCUAAUAAUGAUCAUGAUCAUCAUGAGGACGAAGACAAGAAUAUUUUAGAGGUGACAGAGGAAAACGAAAAGGAGAAACAGCUAGACGACCAAUAUAUAGAGAGCUUCGUGUUCAAUACUAGGAACCAACCCUCCAUAAGAUUAAUUAACGAGGUGGUGAACAAUGUGGAGGAAACUCUCAAAUUGAUAAGCGCCAUGGGAAAUGACUAUGAUCUUUAUAUCGUGGGAACAGUUUCUUCACCACUCACGUUUGGGUUAUCGGAGUGGGGUGACUGCCCGGAGCUCGGACCCUUGGGAGAUACAUUGGCAUCAUCCAACAUUGUGGCCAGGGCGUCGAUUCUCAUAGUGCAUCAAGGUGGUGCUUUAGUGGAUGAAUUAGUUGAUCAACAACUUAGCGAGUAG